GAGUAAUAUUAUUUUUGGCUCCUCCAUCUGAGGCUUUUCCACUCUGUUACCGAGACCAUAAAAUUUUAUCCUACAGUUGAAGUCAAUUUUACAUAAGGAAAAUGACGGGCAAGGUUCAAACCUCUACAAGUAAGUAGUCUAUCCCCUGGCCUCUAAACUUACAAACCUACUGUACCUUUACCCGUGUACAGUACCCAAGUGCUCUCUCUCUCUUCCCUGGACCUCCACUCUUCCCCUACCUGCAACUUGCCUGCCCCUGACAGGUUUGGAGGUUUGGAGGGCGUUGCUUGUGGCAGACGGGGGGACAACAGCCUCGGCUUUCCCCCAGCUGUCAGGAACUGUGAAGGUUAUAAUAUCCUGUGGGCUGUAGCCUAGACGCCGCGAUCUGCCCUUCCCCAGACUCUUCCCAACAUCCGAGCUUAAGCCGAACCCUAAUCCUACCAACUCCCUCCUUUCACAUGUAAACCCAAACCCUUCUUUACCAACCUAGGUCAUCAUCCUCAGAGAUCUUCCUCCUCCUCCUCCUCCUCCUUUUUGCAUACUUGUUUGCUUCUCUUGUUCUGCUGUCUUGCUUUUAUCCGUGCCCGUGCCCCCUCCCCCCCAAAUUUACCAUCAUCUUACACUUUCUCAAUCCUUCCAAACAUUACACAGCGACACACACAACAUGAGCGGCAACGCAUCAGCAAAGGGCCUACGCUUUGACGGAAUGGUCAUCGUCGUAACUGGUGCCGGAGGAGGGCUUGGGAGGGCGUACGCCCUCUUCUUUGGCUCUCGGGGCGCAAAUGUCGUUGUAAAUGACUUGGGUGGAUCAUUCAAGGGGGAGGGUAACUCGACAAAGGCGGCAGAUGUUGUUGUCGAUGAGAUAAGGAAGGCUGGUGGGAAGGCCGUUGCCAACUACGAUUCUGUAGAAUUCGGAGAGAAGAUUAUUGACACUGCCGUUAAGACAUUCGGAACUAUCCAUAUCCUAAUCAAUAAUGCCGGAAUUCUCAGAGAUAUCGCUUUCCGAAACAUGAAGGAUGAUGAUUGGAAUCUCAUCAUGAAGGUGCAUGUGAAGGGAUCAUACAAGUGCGCGAGAGCAGCCUGGCCCAUUUUCAGAAAACAAAAGUACGGGAGAAUAAUUAAUACCGCUUCGGCUGCCGGCCUGUUCGGAAGCUUUGGUCAAACAAAUUAUGCUGCUGCCAAACUUGCCAUGGUUGGUUUCUCGGAAACCCUUGCGCGGGAGGGUGCAAAAUAUAACAUUUUGUGCAAUGUUAUUGCCCCGAUUGCCGCCUCAAGAAUGACGGAGACAGUUAUGCCCCCAGAAGUACUUGAGACAUUGAAGCCCGAAUGGGUUGUUCCCUUGGUCGCUGUCCUAGUUCAUGAGUCGAAUGAAGAAGAGAACGGGGGUAUCUUUGAAGUCGGCGGUGGCCACAUUGCCAAGUUGCGGUGGGAGAGAUCAAAGGGUGCUUUGUUGAAGACCGAUAGCUCUUUGACUCCCAGCGCGCUCUUGAAGAAAUGGGAUGACAUCAAUGAUUUCUCGACCUGUGAGCACCCUAACGGCCCAGCUAAUUUCAUGGAGUUAUUGGAACUGGCUCGUGAGCUCGGAACCAAUGAGCAGGGCGAAGAAGUUAGCUUCAAGGAUAAGGUAGUCGUCGUCACAGGUGCUGGUGCUGGUCUUGGCCGGGCAUACGCUCUGCUGUUCGCUCAGUUGGGAGCAUCUGUUGUUGUUAACGAUGUGAUGAAUCCCGAUCCUACCGUCAACGAGAUCCGAAAGGCCGGUGGAAAGGCUGUGGGCUCAAAGCACUCGGUUGAGGAUGGGGGAUCUGUCAUCGAAACUGCCGUUAAGGCUUUUGGCACUGUCCAUGUUGUCAUCAACAAUGCCGGUAUCCUUCGCGACAAAUCAUUCGCCUCCAUGACCGACGAGCAGUGGGAUCAAGUGAUGGCUGUCCAUCUUAACGGAACCUACAAAGUCACCAAAGCUGCAUGGCCAAUAUUCCUUAAACAGAGGUACGGACGCAAAUUAUUCCGCUGCCAAACUCGCCAUUCUUGGUUUCUCCAGGGCAUUGGCAAGAGAAGGUGCGAAGCACAACAUUUUGGUCAACACAAUCGCACCAAAUGCCGGUACUGCUAUGACUGCUACCGUUUUCCCCAAGGCAUGAUAUGGUUCAAGCAUUCAAGCCUAGUCCCCGAGCCAGCCACUGGCGGACUUUAUGAGACAGGUUCCGGUUGGUUUGGAAAGACCCGCUGGCAACGUUCCGGUGGAUAUGGGUUCCCCGUAGACACUCCUCUUACGCCCGAGGCAGUUCGCGCAUCCUGGGAGGUUAUCAUCAACUUUGACGAUAGUCGUUCCGAUCACCCUGAGAGCACCCAAGAUGGCAUCAAGAAGGUCAUGCAAAAUAUGCAAAACCGCAAGGCCGGACCAAAGAAGCGCAUUGUCAACCAAGAGGUUCUCAACAACAUCGAGAAAGCCAAGAAGGCCAAAGUUGAAGGAGCUCUCUUCGAGUGCGACGAUAAAGAGGUUAUCCUUUACAACCUUGGAAUCGGAGCAAAGAAGACGGAUUUGAAAUGGGUAUUUGAAGGCGAUGAGAACUUUGAAGCUCUACCAACAUUCGGGGUCAUCCCAGGCUUUGGUGCUGGGACUCCGUUCUCCUAUGACGAGAUUCUUCCCAAUUUCAAUCCCAUGAUGCUCCUCCAUGGCGAGCAAUUCCUUGAAAUUAAGAAAUACCCAAUCCCAACUUCCUGCUCUUUGACUUCCUACCCAACCCUCCUUGAGGUUGUUGACAAGGGAGCAGCAGCUGUUGUCAUAACUAGAACUGAGACUCGAGACUCCACCGGCGACCUUGUAUUCGUCAACGAGUCCACCAUCUUCGUUCGUGGUUCCGGAAACUUCGGCGGCCCAGCCAAGGUCGCAGACCGUGGGGCUGCCACCGCUCCCAACAAGCCCCCAGCACGGAAGCCCGACGCAGUAACCGAGGAGAAGACCACCGAAGACCAAGCCGUCCUCUACCGACUUAGCGGAGAUCGAAACCCCCUCCAUGUUGACCCCGAAUUCUCCAAAGUUGGCGGCUUCAAGACCCCCAUCCUUCAUGGACUCUGCUUCAUGGGCAUUGCCGGAAAGCACAUUUACCAGACUUUCGGCGCCUUCAAGAACAUCAAGGUCCGCUUUGCGGGCGUUGUUCUUCCAGGGCAGACGCUCAGGACGGAGAUGUGGAAGGUGGGCAAUAAGGUAAUUUUCCAGACUGGUGUUGUUGAGACUGGGAAGCUGGCUAUUGCUGCGGCUGCGGCCCAACUUGUAGAGGGUGGAGCGAAGUUGUAACAAGAUUAUGUCACACUGAGUGACUGGCUGGGCUGCAUGAUUGAUUAUGUUAUACCUCUCUUUCUAUUUUCCGUUUCACUCUUUCCUCUGGUGGCUGACCUCAAGAUUUCUUGUACGACUCAAAAUGAAAAUUGUUGAAUCAA